AUGGAGGUGAUGUGGGAUCGGGAAACCUCAUUCCAUGAAUGGGCAAGGCAUGUAUUACAUAUCUAUAAAUAUCUCACUCUUUUCUUUUCACUAGUGUCGCUUAGAAAUCAGGACCAAACCGAAUUUUUGCAGUUGGAUUUGCGCCUUGGCGUAGUGUUUUUCUCUUUUCUUUGUUUUGGUAUGCUAUUGUUUUUGGUUGGCGUGCCGCUCCAAUUGGGUGUGCUGCAUGCACCGCUGGGAGCCUUGAGCAAACGACGUUGGCUUCUCUCUCUUUUGUUGUGUUGCCGUCCUGGGCGCAUGCGCCUGUUCCGUCUUGGUCGGGCUGCACCCACUGAUCGGGCAGUCUGA